AUGUCGGGUAACGACCGCCAAGCUAUGGAGCAGGAGCGAUUAGCAAGACAAGGCAAGCGAAAGCGAGAGCCCUCACCUGUGCCGGCCUCGAACCUUGAACUGUUCAAUCCUUUGGAAGGGCAGGAUGAUGCGUGGCAGCUAGGCGAGCCUGUUGAUGACUUUGUCAGGCGACUUCCUCCAUAUACAACCUCCAUCUCUACAUGUCCCUGGAUCUGGGCUGCUAAUCCGUAUCGCAACCCUCGCGACAAGUCACCUUCGCCACGUGUUCAAGACUUUACAUCGCGUGGCACGGAGUUGCUUCAACAGUCGCUCCAGACCCGCCGCGACAUCCAGAAAGAAGGCGCGAAGGGGCCUAGGGGUAUGGUCACUAAACAGCUCCUCCAAGAGAGCAAAGCUCUACAAGAACGGAUCUCAGACCUUGCAAAGGACACGCAUGUUCUGUCCGGAAAGGCAAUCUGUGUCUACACAAAGGACUUCCUGGACGCUGACGAUGUACUGCGAGUACUCCAUGAGCUUGAGACCAUGGGUCUCAUCAACGUCGGCAGGACCAUUUACUACAAACCAGACGCCUACACUUAUCUGGAUCUCAGACGCGAGACGGCUGCAGAAUAUGGACUCCAAGCCAGUCUUUACAACUCACGAACUCUGUUGGCAGCUAACAAAGUGUCGAAGCCAUCCUCGUUCCCGCAGAAGAAGCAGUUGACGCUGAAGAAGUGA